CUCCAGACUGUCCGUACUGUUUACAUCAGGCGUAGCCAAUAUGGCGGCGGUCAGUUAGCUGUACACAGGCAAAUAUUUUACUUUUUUUCAUUUAAGGUUCAUAUGUGCUACAUUUUCCGGCAUCCAUGUAAAUAAUUACGCCUUGGAAUAAUGCCAAACUGUUUUAAAGUCGACAUGUUUUGUGUGUUUUUGCCGGAAGAUGAUCUCUUCACAGCCGGGCGUCUCGGAGCUAACACGACGAGCAGCUAACCGUUAGGUGGGAGGUUGAACAUGAUGGAGGCGGAGGAGCUGCGGCCGGUCCCCCGGGAGAGGGCCAUCCUGGAGAGCUUCUUCACGCAGCUGGGCAUGUUUUCCUUCGACCGGGCCAAGGACUACGUGGAGAAGGAGAAGGACAGCAGCAAGAGCGCCGGGGCCAUCUGGGGAGCGCUACUGGCCGCGCUGGCUCACCUGGCUGCCGCGGAGAAGGUGUAUCACCAGAUGACAUUCCUGGGACAGAAGAUAGGCGGUCAGUCGUUCUUCAGCAGGAAGGACUCCAUCAGGACCACCUACACCUCGCUGUACAACGAGCUGAGGAAGGUGGUGACGAUGGGCCGCCACAGCCAGCCAGGCUCCGCCUCCUCCUACCUGGAGGACCUCCUGUCUCACCUGUCGGAGCAGCUCUGCCACUUCACCCAGGCCCGCAUGGAGAUGGCCGACCUGUACGACAAGAUGCACUCGCUGGGCGGCCAGAAGAGCAUCAACUCUGAGGAGCUGGUCACCACGCUGGAGGCCGUCCUGCACAAGUACAGCUCCAAGUUCCACCACCCGAUCCUGGGCCGGGUGGAGGAGGGUUUCCAGACCGAGGUGGACGUGGUGACCCAGCUGCUGCGCUGCCAGGCCCAGGUGUCCGAGUGGCACUUCCUGCCGGCGCUGCUCAGCCUCCACGGCGCCAACUCCAAGCUGACGGCGUGGGGCCAGCUGUUCCAGCGGCAGAAGGAAACCCGCAAACAUCUGUUCGGAGGUCAGUCCCAGAAGGCCGUGCAGCCGCCGCACCUCUACCUGUGGCUGCAGCGCUUCCAGGCGGCGCUGCUCGCCAAGUUCAGCUUCUACUUCCACGAGGCGCUGAGCCGGCAGACGGCGCCGGCCGACAUGCGGGCGCUGACGGCCCGGACGGCACCGGACUACCACGGAAAGAUCUCGUCCUUCAUCCGCAAACACGACGCCAGCAACGUGUCGCUGGUGUUCGACAACCGCGGCUCCGAGAGCUUCCAGGGCCACGGCUACCACCACCCGCACUCCUACCGCGAGGCUCCCAAAGGCGUGGAGCAGUUCCCCGCCGUGGUGUCGCUGCCGUCCGGAGAGCGCCCGCUGACCCACUGGCCCAACGUCAUCAUGAUGAUGGGGGACCGGGCCGCCGAGCUCAACACUCUGGACAAGGUGGUCCAUUUCUACGACGACAAGGUCCAGAGCACGUACUACCUGAGCCGCCCGGAGCCACACUUCACCCUGGUGGUCAUCUUCGACGGCAGGAAGUCAGAGAAGGAUCUGCACAUCGCCGCCUUCCUGCAGGAGAUCUGCGGCUCCCUGAGGAACUCCAAACCCUUCAGCACGCUCAAACCGGGAUCCAAGGGCUGAAGAGGACUGAAAACGUUUCCUCUGAGUCGCUUCAGAUCUCAUUUUGCCAAAAAAAAGUUCCAGACCAAAGAGAUUCCAGCGGCUCUGAACUUAUUUUAGCCGCUUCCUGUAACAUUUAGUCCUUUUAAUUCUUUUGCACCAAUCACUGUUUUAACUGGUUCACUUUUAAUUUGUCUUUAGCUCAUAUCUGCUUCAAAAAAGUUAAAUAAAGUUUAGAGAUGGC